CUGCAGCUAAGAAACACGACCAACCGAUCAGCUUCUUUUCCAGAAACUUGGAUACAGGACGCGUCUUCGCAAAGGACAAAAGGUGAAUGAAAACUGUCUGGUCUUCGUUCCCAAACACCCAAGGAUCAUACCCUAAUAUUGUUGCGACAAUCCCACUCACAAAGUGACAGCCAUCUCAUGGUUUUCUACCUGGAGGAGGAGGUUCUGCGCACUGGCCACGCUCCGCACAGAUCUUCUCAGGCCGCCGUCACGGCCAAUGCCAGUGUGACAGGACCCGAGCACUGUCCCAACGGCUCGUAACCACGUCUAUCUGGUUAUCCAGAAUCGUCAAUAUUCCAGAAUAUGCCCUGGCAGCCGCUACCUCUUUCCUAUGCGGUAGCCAUAUAUCCGUUUCAGCCCUCGGCUUCUUCCGCCGAACUACCACUACAAAUUGGCGACCAGUUGUAUGUCAUCGAACAGGGCGGGAAAGAUGGCGCCUGGUGCCGUGGCUACCUGGUCGCGCCGCCCACUUUGUUAUCGGCCCUGACCCCUGGAGGGAGAACUGCUGCCGAUGCGAGAGUCUUUUCUGGUAUCUUUCCAAAAUGCUGCAUCGAGAUUCGCGAACAACUGGGGCCGGAUGAGCAACCCGUCGCUGAAAAGGGCCAACCAAAGCCGCAGGCACCGUUGCCAAUGUUGAAGGUUGGCGAUGAAUCACCUACAUCAUCAUCCGAACCUCUGGUGGACGAGAUCUCAUCAUGCCUCCGGGAAUGGUAUAUUUUACACCUGCCCGACUUGGUACUACGCCGGGAAUAUCAUCUGCUUAAUCAAACGUCCGAUGUUACCACGCGGCUGGACUAUGCACGUCGGGAGUUGUUAAAUGAUGUCCUUACAACGCAGGAAAGGCUGCAGGUGCGCAGUCAAGCUGUAUGGGAUUUGGUCCGAGGCAACAGAAUGCUGAGCGGCGUUGUUAUUGUCCGAGACGCCAAUCAACAUGGCCGGCUGUUGACAUCAGACGACUCUGCGAUCGAGCUGACCAAGUCGCAAGCAAUCAUGAGCGUCCUGAAUGCCCCACCGUCCGAAAAUCCAAAAGCCAUAUCACUGCAUCAUUGUCUUCUGGACGUCAAAUCAGUGGUGGGAUCUGAUCAGGACGCGGCAACUCUGAGUUUGGCUCUGUAUCGAAGAGAUUCUGCCGGAGCAGCCACUCCACUGUCCGAAACUUACAGCUCAGUAGCUUCGGCCAGGAUGAAGACUCUUUUCUCGGACCUCAGCACGAGAGAUCUCGCAGAUGACAACGGUCUGUUCCUGGCCAUAAAGUUGGUGCUGCCUGAGCCUCCACGAACAGCCAGAAAGCGUACGACAGAGCGGCCUCCCUCCAGGAAUGGGACAUUGAUGGGUCAACGGCAAAUGUCUCUGAACCGCCGCAGAUCUAGUCUUAUGUUCGGUAAACGGAAGAAUGGUGAGAGACCUCAACCCGGACAAAAUGGCAGAGCUACACCACAAUUUCAAGAUAGAGCACAAACGCCGUCAAUAGCGGAGCAAGACGAAGACGGUUCGAAACCGGCUCAAGGCCCUCCAGUGCCUCGGACGGUGGGCGUUGGCAUUCUCAAUGUCAAUAAGAUAUUGGCAGGUGGCCAAUCAUGUGAAGAAACCGUCACGAUAUGGUCUCUUUCAUCUCGAGAAGAUGAGAAGCCCCGGGAGAUUGACAAGAGAGUAGCGCAGCUCCUGAACAGUCAAGGGAAGAGCGUCGUCGUCUCCCCUCACCUGUCCAGCAUCACCUUGAAUUUGACGCCUUUUGUUGCUCCAGAUGCAGAUACACUGAUCAAGAACAAUGCAACACUUAUGCACCUCGUUACAAAGACGCAAAAGAUGGGCUUCUCGGAGGCACCUUCUAAGCCAAGGACUGACAUCUAUUUGAGACUGAGCAAGGCGUCCAUAACACCAGGUGCACUUUUGUCCCAUCCGGAUUUGAAUGUCGCACCAAUAAAAGCGGCUUCGAUGCAGAAUCUGCAAUUGACUAUGGAAGUCCGGGAUGCAUUUGGACGGCGUGUUGAGCACUGUAUAUAUCCAUCCUCCAAUGGUGCCGCUGUGACAGCAUUCCGAACAAAUGCUGUGGAACUUGACGGUGCUUGGGACCAGACACUUUGCCUUCGAAUCCCAACUGAAAAGGUACCUGAGAGUCACUUGGUAUUGAGCAUUGCCGAUGCUCCAGAUUUUCCGUUCGCAUUGGCAUGGAUGCCGCUGUGGGACAAGCAGGCAUUCGUCAGUGAUGGGCAACAUGCCCUCAUCCUUCAUGCAUAUGACAAAAUCACUUCAAGCAUCGUGCAUGGGCGUGGCGCAUAUCUAUCCCUGCCUUGGAACAACCAAAGCUACCGGACUGUCCACGGGGGAAGCUUUGCCAAUAUUGCUUCUCUGGAGGUCCACACAAUUCUUUGCAGCACCGAGUACUCCCAGGAUCGUACACUCGUCAGCUUGAUCAACUGGAAGCAUCAAAUAUCCGUUCAAUUGCUUGAUAUUCUUCAGACGCUUCCCUUUGUACCAGAGAUUGAGGUUGUCAAGCAGCUCAAUGACGUCCUUGAUGCUUUGUUUGGCGUCCUGGUGCACAAGACCGGCGAGUCAAAAUUCGAGGACCUGAUAUUCAACGACAUCGUCUGGGUUCUGGGGAUUGUUCACGACAGGCGGUACAAUCUAGGACCACUGGUGGAACAAUACACCGAGUCCCAUUUCCGCUCGCCGUAUGCGGCAUCAUGCUUGAUCCGCAGCUUUACAAGGCUGCUGCAGAGUGUGUCCGAUCCGCAAAGCGCUCGCGAUAUGAGGGCUCUAUUCAAGGUGGGAAGGACAUUCAUCAAGAUUGUUAUUACUUCCAACCAACAGCGGCGAUUCGGGUCACAAUCGAACACGAAGGAGGACAAGCGUUCCAAUUUCAAAGAAGACAUGCAGGCCAUUCUUUUCGGACUGCAAAUGAUGAUGCGCAGUGAGACAGCAGCACUGGUUGGCAGCAAGACUCUCCUGGUACAAAAGUUUCAUACCUGGCUGCCCGAAUUGCUGCCCGCAUUCAGCAAGGAAGAGGUAAUGAAGUCAGCCGUCGAGUUUAUCGACUCCUGCGACGAGGCGACCGGCAAACUCGUCCUGUACAGACUCCUUCUCAUCCUUAACUACACCAAAAUGGACCAGGUAUGGGUCGACGACAAAGACAAGAAAAUCCUAGUUAAGAACUGCGUCCGAUGGUUGUUGCCGUACUGGGCCAGCAACAGUCUAACGGACGACUGGCACGAGCAGGUCCGCCUGUGCUGCUCAAUCGUGGCUGAAUUGACGCGUUGGCCUACACACUAUCUGCAUGAAUUUUCGCCGAAACUCAUAUCCGCGUACGAAACCAUCGCACAAGAACCUCGGACGAAACGACGCUCAUCGUCUCUCUUGUUUCCGGACGCUUACCCUUUUGUGACCAAACCAGCGGAGACCAACGAUCAAUUCGACGAAACGCUCCUCGAGCUGUCGGCGCUGGUCGCCACGAUCUCGAAGAUGAAAACGCCGACUCCACGACUCCAAGGUCAUGACUUGUCUAAGUACGUGCUCUCGACGCUGACUGUACUACGCUCCCUGCUGCAGAACAACGCAUAUCCUUCGACUUGGCUCAGCUUGCAUAUCUACCACCAUUCGUCUGCACUCACGAUCCUCAAUAACCUCUCCUCGCUGUUGAUCGCGCAGUAUCUUCCCAGCCCCGAGGAGGCCGAGAGUCCGGAUCAUGCCGACAAGUUCAAUCUCGAAAUGAGCCUGUGGAAGUCGUUUCUCGACACGCUCUUGAUACUGGUGUCUUCUCCGGAGCUCGCGCUAGAAUUGUUUCCCGAACAGAAGCGUCGCGCCGUGUGGAAGAUCGCUGGCGAUGUCCGGCAGGCCGGCGCAGACCUGCUUCGUAAGUGCUGGGAGAGUCUAGGCUGGGAAGCCACGGCCGACGACCAGCGCCGGUACAACAUUCGGAGACUCGGCGGAUAUCAAGUGCAGUAUGUCCCAAGCCUGGUCGCGCCAACUAUCAGAUUAUGUCUCAGCAUGCACGAGGGUUUACGAAAAGUGGCUGUCGAGAUAUUGCAAGCUAUGAUCAUCAAUGAAUGGGCGCUAAGCGAUGGUGAGAGUCUAGAGCUGAUUGAGACAGAAGUCAUCGGCGCGCUGAAUUCUGUGUUGAAAGCGAAACCCGUGACGGCGAAUGAGGCGAUGAGCCGCAAGAUCUUCAUUGCAGAAUUGCUGGAAUUGUUUGCCACGAUUGCUAAUCAGCCUGACGACGCGCUGUGGACGGCGAUUGAGGAUCUUGUGGCGACGAUCGAUGAGCUGGUCGACCUGCUCACGUCGAUGGAUGCUGAUGAUGAGUUCGAGGUAAGAACGAAUGGGCAUGGGCACACUGCUGCGAGCGGUGCUGGUGCUGCGCGUAGGAUCGGCAAGGAUGGUAAUGGUCGAGAUACCGACUCGCAGAACUCGGAGGGCAAGGAGAUGGCAAGAGCGAGACGGAGUAUCGAUGGCCUGAGUCCUACUUCGCCACAACUAGGACGCGGUAGUGAGAAGGAGUAUGGCGUCCACGCCCUUGAGUGCUACAAGCAGUUGGCAGAAGAGUAUGAGCGGAGUGGAGACUACAAGCGUCUUGCGAAGACGCAUCGGGCUAUUGCUAGAAUUCACGAGGCGAGGGCCGCGAGUCGGCUUGGUCACCACGGUGCUGCGAGUGGUGGUGUCAAUGGGCGAGGAGGGAGGUAUGAGGAUGGUGAGGAGGAUGAUGAUGACUAGAAACGGGGCCGGAUUGGUGGUUUCUUGGACUUCUACUGCUUAUAGCUUCGUUCUUGAAGUGGUCCGAUUGGGGCUUUCUAGCCAUGCCUACUCUUGUAUGUUCGUCCUUGGACUGGUCGACUUGGGAGCUUUCUUACUGUGGUGUUGUGUUGUCUUGGGAGUCU